AUGUACCCCGUGUACGUCAACAACCUGCCUGGGAAUGCUAGACCGUCCCUGAAUGAGGGGAGGCCGCACCUUCCACGCGGCAAGCAGCAAGCUCCUCCGAAGCUCCACGGUCAUGGCUCUGCGGACCCGAGCCUGCAUCCCUCUCCUGCCCUUCGCCUCCUCGAGGCUGUCCACUCCUACAUCGCUGCCACAGGCCGCACUGACAAUGAGCUUCACGGUCGGAUUUUACACAGAACCGAUGGGAUAGGGCUCUCGACACCCCAAGUAGGGAUUAAUGAGCAGCUCAUGGUGUUUACUCCAGUGGUUGAGUGUGGCGAAGGGGAGGAAAUUGUGCUUGUGAAUCCAAGGGUUACCAGAUAUUCCCAGAAAAUGCGACCCUUUAAUGAGGGUUGCUUAUCCUUCCUAGGAAUUUAUGCUGAUGUUGUGGUGCAGGAAUCUCGACUUCUUGUGGUAUACCCUGACUUUUAA